CUCCGAACGGACUACGUCCCCUUCGAGUCCCGCCGCCGACUCUGCGAUUCUUACGAUAUCUUCUUUGCCGAGCGCCGGAUCAUCACUCUUCUUCCCCGCUUAAUCGGUAACUAUUUCUUUAAGAAGAAGAAGAUCCCUCUCGCCAUCAAUAUCUCUCGACCUGGAUGGCCGGAGGCUGUUCGACAGGUAUGUAGGUCUACGCUUUUGUUCUUUGGUUCUGGAACUGGUAUUGGGAUGAAGGUGGGGAGGGUUUCCAUGGAUCGAGAGGAGAUAAUUGAUAAUUUAAUGGCUGCAAUUGAGGGUGCAGUCAAUCACGUGCCAAAGAAGUGGGAGAACAUUAGGUGUAUGUAUAUUAAGUCGGUGCAGUCUGUGGCGCUGCCUAUCUAUCAGGUGGUUCCUGAAACGGGGAUGAAGAUUGAUAUCGGUUUAAGGGAAACGUUAGAGCCUUCAGAUGGAAUUGUUGUUCAGGAAGGAGAUAGAAGGAGUGGGCUGGAGAAGGAGAACCGUAGGAAGAUGCGAGUGGGGUCAAAGAAGAGGAAGGGAAGGAUUCAUGAUGUUGAUUAUAUAGGCGGUGAACUUGUGGAUGAGAAUGAGGAUGAUGAUGGAGAAG